AUGGAGCGAGUAGCGCUAGUUUCCGGGCCGGGUGAGUCCGACAACCACCAGGCGAUCCGAGGAGAUGCUGUGGACUCUUCACAGAGCAGUGAGGCCAGUGGAGUCGCAGAUGAGGCUUGGGUUCUGGGCUUGACGCCGAGUGCGAUUCGACGAGAAGCUGAAGAGCAAAGGCUUGCGACUCGCAGAGUCUUCAGAUUGCAGACCCCCGAGGGUCUCACGAAGACCUUCUUGCGAUGGAAGUCCUACAAGCGAUCGCCUGGUCCCGGGCACGGCGAGGCGGCAGACUCGGAGUCGGAGUUCAACUCUGCCCAGGUUCUUUCGCUGCUCUACCGCUGCGCUUUCCAGGCUGUCUUUCCCAGGGCGAGCGAUGACGUGCCGGAGGAGUUCAGGGCGCGGCACUUGACAAUGACCAGCCCGGCUCGGAUUCUGCAGCUCACGCAGAACUUUUUGAGGUCACAGCGCUGCACGAUCCUUCUCAAAGUUGCGCACUUGGUUUUUGCGGUCGCGGAGCCUGGGCCCUGGGAGCAGAAGGUGUGGACCACAGCCUUCAUCGAGCACUGGAAGCGCUGCCGUGCCGGACUGCACUACCAGUUCGGAGCGAGGCUGGAAGACCGCCAAGCAGAAGCAGAGUGUGAGGCUCCUGCAGCGUACUGCAUCGAGACACAGCGUCUGGCGCGUGCCUUCGCUGCUGGCUCGCGGCAACGAGCAGAGUCGGACCACGAGGUGCGUGACCUGUCGAAGGACAAAGAACAGGGCUUGGCCGGGUUCCUUAUCUUAUUUCGAUUUCUCCGGACAGUGGUGGCGAUGAGCUGUUUGGCUGCCGCUGUUUCCGGCGUCGUGUACUUGCUGCUCCGACUCGGUGAGGCAGACGCGGCCAGCCCACAACACGCCAUCGCAGAUAUUUCUACAGCUCAAGAGGCACGGAAAAGCUUUGCAAUCGAUGCCUUCCUGCAGAAGGGUCUUCAAUGGCCGUUGGCCGUCUUCAUGGUCUCAGUCCUCGUGCUUGGCCUCCUCCUGCGUGCGCUGGAUGGUCUGUUCUUCUCAGAGGAGGAAACCUCCUCCUGCUGCUGGGAGAUAGGACUCUGUGCUGCGGCGACCUUCGGACUCCUGGUAGCAUCGGAUCUCCUUUGGAUUGCUGGACUUGCAGUAGCAUCUCGCCCUACCAAGAGCAACAAGGCUCCGAGGACAUGCCAGAAGCAGGUCGCGGCAGGUCGCUGUGCGGCCAAGCCAGCGAAGCCAGUCAGCAAGCCAGCAGGCGAUGAUGCCAAGGUUGCCGAGGUGGUCGCUGCGGUUCGGGCCGGCAACAUGGAGCUUGCCGAGGCAAAGCUCCUCUUGCUGUGCAACUCCUGGAGGCUCAAAAACGGUGAUGCCGUGGAGUCUGUCAAUGCCCACAGCACGAUGGAGGCGAAGAUGGCCGAGAGAUGGCUCAGCUUCCUCGCGGAGAAGGGCAUGCUUCGGGACUUCAAUGCGGUGAUCACCGCAAACGCGAAAGAAAAGAACCCUGUGGCAGCCGAGAAGAUCGUGGCGUUCAUGUGCAAGCAUGGUAUUGAGCCGGACGUGAUUACACUGGGUGCCGCCGUCCACGCCUUUGCUCAUGCUGGUCAGCAGAAGGAGGCAGAACGCAUGUUUGACCUCAUCUUGACCAGGGGCAAAACCCGCCCAGAUGUCAUUGGAUUCAAUGCAUUGAUCGAUGCAUCCGUCAAGGUCGGCGAUACCAAGCGUGCAGAAUAUUGGCUGGAAAGAAUGCUGGAGAUUGGCCUGGAGCCCAAUGUGGUUAGCUACACGACGGUGCUCCAUGCCCACGCCAAGCACGGAAACAUUGAGGCUGCUGAGACCAUGAUGAAGCUGAUGAAAUCAAAUGGAAUCGAGGCCAAUGUGGUCACCUAUACGGCCCUCGUGAAUGCUUGUGUGAAGGCUGGAGAUCUACCCUGUGCAGAGAGGUGGUUUGAUGAGAUGCAGAGUGCGGGGAUUCAGGCCAACGCUGUUUCUUACAGUGCGCUGCUGAAUGUAAGCGCCAAAGCGGGCGACUUCAAGCGGGCCGAGCGGCUUCUGGAACGCAUGUGUCAGGACCGUGUCUGCUUCAACAAUGUCAUCGAUGCCUGUUCCAAGGCCGGACAGGCAGCGCGCGCAGAGCACUGGCUCUGGCGCUUGGCAGAAGGCAAGGACAUUACCGCCGACCUUGCGCCAACACGCCAGUCUUUCACUGCUGCUGCGCAGGCAUAUGCCAAGCUGGGAUCUUUCGGAGACGUGGAACGCCUCUUCCGGGCAAUGGAGGCCCGGGGCAUUUCGAUGGAUGCCUUCUGCCUAACCGUUCAACUCUCGGCCUAUGCACGAGCACGCCCACGCCAACGUGAACGCCUCGAGGAAAGUGCGAAUGCAGCCGCAGCAGACAUGGUGCUUACAGUAUCACAGCAUAUCAGAAGACACGUAGAGCGUGCGCUGCUCAAUACCAUCGAGGAGGCGCUUCGCAAGUAUCACAGCAAAGGGCUGGCCAUUACCAAGCCGCCUCUCCGUGUGGCGAAGCUGAGCAGCAGUAGCUAUCUGGUAAGCUGCUAUAAGCAGAAGUCCGUCCUUGGAGCGCAGCGUCUCGAGCAGCUCUGUGCCGAGAUGGGCAUGCAGGUUCCUGACCUCAAUGACUUCGCAGAGGAGCGCCGGCCCUGGCGGCGGUGCCCUGGCUGGAAACAUACAUCAGCUCACCGAGACGGAACCAUUGCUCGUCCAUGCUGUAUCAUACAACGGUGCGUGGGUUGGCUUUGUCUUGGAGGAGGGGGUCCGAAACCAGGGAAGGAAGCGCACUGGUAG